CCGGGACUUUCAAAAUGGCAGCCUCCAUAGCGAAGAAAUUAUUUUCAAAGUCGUUUCAAAAACAGGUAUGUGCAAGAUGCUUUACUAGUUCGGCUGUAUCAUACAGAGAGCAUGAGGGUAAACAAGCCAAAUUUUUCCCUGUUAAGGAUAUGCCCAUGCUACCCGAUGGAACUUUUAAAGGUAAAACUGCAUUUGUUACCGGAGGGGGCACUGGGCUUGGCAAGGGAAUGACAACGCUCUUGUCUAAGCUUGGAUGUAAUGUUGCAAUAGCCAGUAGGAAGAUUGAUGUCUUACAGAAAACUGCACAAGAAAUAACAGAACAGACAGGGAAUAAAGUGGCUGCUAUUCAAUGUGACAUCAGAAAUCCUUUGGCUGUUCGAGACGCUGUUAGUGACUGUAUCGAUACAUUCGGCCUACCCAAUAUAGUGAUUAACAAUGCGGCGGGGAAUUUUAUCUCCCCAUCUGAAAGGUUAUCAGCAAAUGCGUGGAGGACAAUAACCGAUAUAGUACUUAAUGGAACUGCCUUUGUUACGCUUGAGAUUGGAAAACGAUGUAUUUCCUCAUCACAAGGAUGCUCAUUUCUGAAUAUUACCACCACAUAUGCUGAGAGUGGAUCAGGUUUCACAGUGCCCAGUGCAGCUUCUAAGGCAGGUGUAGAGGCAAUGUCAAAGUCUUUGGCUGCAGAAUGGGGACGCUAUGGGUUGAGAUUCAACUGCAUACAGCCUGGCCCUAUAUAUACAAAGGGUGCAUUCAGUCGACUGGACCCCACUGGGUCAUUCCAGAAACAAGCCUAUGAUGUUAACCCAACUGGAAGACUGGGUGACGUAGCUGAGAUAUCAAACCUUGCAUCAUAUCUAGUCAGUGACUUCGCAUCAUGGAUCAAUGGAGCGGUGAUAAGAUUUGAUGGUGGAGAAUAUGUGAGCAUGGCAGGAGAAUUUAACAAACUGACAUCAGUGUCAAAGGAGGAAUGGGAUAUGAUGGAAAACAUGAUCCGUAAAACUAAAGGCUCAUGA